CGUUCGAAAACCAUACGUGUAUAAUACUGGUAUGGUGUGAGAUGCCGGUACGUAUUUUGAUAUUUACUUUUUGAUAAAAUUUCGAUAAAUCGUCUUUUUCGGUGAUAUAAAUGGUGUCUACUCCAUGAAUCUACACAAGAGGUGGAGAAGAAAACUUAAUAAUAGGGAAAGCCAAGAAAUGCCGUACAGGAUAUAAAAGAGAAUGAAAGAAAACGUACAGAUAAAAGAUGGCAAGAUCUGUCGGUGGCUCCUCCGUCACUGUUACUUUUGCCUUCGAGAUAUUCGAACGGAAACCUUCCCUGUACUAACACGACGACAACCUACAGGAAACUUAUAAAACCUAGAGAAAUUCCACAAAGGUGUUGCUAUAGAACAGCUCUUUAUUUAACACGAGCAGAUAUGGACGAGCAAGGAUCACAUUGCACUGUUUGUGAAGAGCAGUACAACGAUCAAAGAAAUCCCCGAGCACUGAGCUGUGGACACUCCUUCUGCUCUACUUGUCUCAACCAGCUCUUCGUACAGAACAGCAGACUUUGUCCGGAAUGCCGUGCCUACAUCAGAACUGCCUCUGUCAAUGACAUUCCUGUAAACUACGCGCUGCUCAGGCUGGUUCGGGCCCAGGCAGCUCAGACACCGAAGCCGGCCCCAAAACCUGACUUGGAUCCGAAUGGCGGAGAGUGUCAAGCUCAUGGAUCCAUUAUGUUCUUCUGGUGUGUCAAGUGUUUCACUUGGGUGUGCCGCGACUGCCUGGUGGUGGACCACCCUGAGUCUCCACGGGGCACAUGCGUGAUCAAGGCCCCCAAACAAGCGACGGAAGACAUGAUACAAACCGAGAAUCGGAAAGUCACGGGCUUGAUUUUAGAUAUCGAGAGAAUAAUUAAGAUGAUGGAAUCUGGAAAACUUCGUCUAGAAAAUCAGAAGAAACAGAUUGAAAAUAAUAUCACUGCUUUGCGAACCCAGAUUGUAACAUUGGAGACCUCUUUUCAGGGUUAUACAGCCAAAGAGCAAGAAAUCAGUAAGAAUGUGGCAGAUAUGAAGACUUGGAUCCUAAAGCUACAGGAAUCCAUGGUCCAAACAGCUAAGGCUGUAACGCCACAAGAAGCUAAGGAUAUUCUCUGCGAUGUGUCUUCCUCCAGAAAAGAUCUCGAAGAGGAAAUUGAAAAUAAAAGGAGGCUUGUAGGUACAUUCAGCUAUCAAGGAUACAUUUUUUAAAAUGCACCUCAGAUUAUAUAGUGUAAUGGAUUAGUAAACACUACUUUUAAAGCCAUUAUAUUUGUUAUAUUUAGAUUCAAUGAAAAGGAAAACGUGUGGUUCAAGGUUUGGCUACUACUUCGAGUAAAGUCAAAUUCUUGAUCCAUAGUGGACUUGCAUGUCAAAGUCUAGGAAUGGUAAGCCUAUAUUUUUUCUUGCUGCAUCACUAACGGCAGUAUUUAUGCUCUAAAUAAGAAUAAUAAACUAAUAAAAAAUACUAGUUUUAUGUAAUCCAUUGUAGAUAUAGGUAGCUUAUUUGCUAAUUGGAGAAACUGAUUAUAUAGAAAUUGUCAGUAUACCUACCUGUGCUUUUAUGUAUAUAUACUGAGACAGAUAAAUUUGUGUGUGUGUGUGUGUGUAUAUAUAUAUAUAUAUAU